UCUCUUGGCCGAGCCGGUGUGCCGUGGUCUUAAGUCUGAGAGUCACUGUUUCACUGGUGCCGUGACUCGGAUUGGGACUCCCCGCCUCCGGCGGGACCCCAGUCCCCCUCAGACUCAGACCAUGCCCCGGCCGGCCUUCGCCCAAUUUCCUGUCCGCCGAACAGCGCAUCCACCACCGGCUCCUGUUUGGUAAGUCCCCUUCCGUAGUCUGCCGCCUAGUCCUAUACUGUGGUGACAGACUCCUGCUUCCCCUCCUCGACCCGCAGGGAACGGAGUUUUCUCCCUCUCCUCCCCGCCCCUCCGGCCUGAGCCUCCGCCCCGAGCCUCCGCCCCGCGCCAUACUGUUGGCUACAUACAAAAAUCUUGGUACCAAGUGGCUCACGGUCCCUCGGCCAUGCUGUUGGCCCUUCAGUCCCUUCGCCUUGGUGACGACUAACUGAAGGCCCUGAACCUGAUUACAGUGUUCGGCUAACUAGGGGACGCCCUCUUAGCCCUCACUGCCUCUCCGUCCAUGGGAGGCUCCGCAUCCCUGCCGGCCGACUCCCCCCUAAACUGCCUUCUAGACAAUCUGGCUACCCUAGGCCUUGCCGCUGACCUCAAACCUAAACGCUUAAUCAAAUUCUGCACGCAAGAUUGGCCAACCUACCCCUUAGACAACCAAAAUGAAUGGCCCCUUAUGGGACCCUAGACCCUGAAAUUCCCCAGGGCCCUUACAAUGAUUGUGCGCAUGGGAGAUUGGGCAGAGAUCCCCCAUGUUCCUAACUUCUCCUAUUAGACGGUAAGCCUCACCUCUUUCUGUCCCUGUUAACCCUAACCACAACAAGUGCCAUGACUGGCCUCCACUCCAAAAGCCUUUCCCAACCCCCUCCCCUUCCUACUUCCGAUUUUAACCCUGCUGACGAACCGCCGCCAUAUCACCAUCCCCAACCUCACCCCUCUGCCACCGCGCCGCCGCCAACAACCCCAGCCCUACCCAUCGGAGCGCAGGCAGUCCCCGACCACAAUCCUGGCUGCAAUUAUAACUCCCAAGACGGUGUCACAGCCCAAGACCACUUUGCCACCUGUUUAAUAACAGGUCUCCGGAAGGCAGCUCAAAAGGCAGCCAAUUUUGAUAAACUCCACAAUAUCAGACGCCAUGCCUCUGUGUCCACCACUCACCGCCAACCCCCUGGACCCUGCUUUAAAUGUGGGAACAAAGGUCAUUGGGCUCGUGAGUGUCCUAAUCCCAGGCCACCCAAAAGACCGUGCCCCAAGUGCCAACAAUCCGGCCACUGGGCGACUGACUGCCCCAGCUCCCUUGGGGGAGAUGGGCCAGACCCCAUCCUAAAGCCGAUCUCAUUAAGUUGGCAGCCUACGACUGACGGGGCCCUAGGACCUCUUCCCGACACACACCAUCACCACGCAGGAGCCCAGGGUGCCUCUUGCGACUUUUAACCAGCUUCUCAUCAGGCACUACCAACUCCUAGCAACCGAAGAAGACGACCAGGACUCACCUACCCAUGGCCUCCACCUCCAGGACCUGUAAUUUCUUAGAUUUCCUCCAGGCCUUCCAAGAAGAUAUGUGGCUCAUAGCAGAUCCUUCCCUGCCAUACGGAUGGCUCGCGUCCAUAGAUGACCUCUACUUACAAGGGACAUCUUUAGACUUCACACCCCGGGAAGUGUUCACCUUCAGCGCCGUCUUCCUUGGCCUCCUGCUAUUGCUCUGCCCCUACAGUCCUCCAAUAUCCCUUCCCACGACGCCCCCGUUCAGCAGGAAGUAGCCAGAGGAACAGCGACGCCCACCUCCCCACUUCUUAAAAAACAAAAAAGGGAGGAAUGUUAGGUAACUAGAGCACCCUAAUGGCACUGGUUCCAGGUUCUUCUUCCUCAAUGCAAGCCCGCCAAAGGAAAAACCAAUCAGAGAGAGGUGUUUUUCCUGCCUCGCUCUAAGCCCCACCCCAACCAAUCACAAACAUCCAUGCAGCCCUCCUGGGCAUAAAAGAAGCAAACCCCCCACCUCUCUCUCUCUCUCUCUCUCUCUCUCUCUC